GCGGCGGCCGUGAGGUGGGGGCGGCCGCGGGAGGCGGCGGGGCCGGCCGCCGGCGCAGGGUCCGGGGGCGCAGCGCGGCGGGCGUAGGUCUAUGUCGCGGGCGGCGGCGGCGGCGGCGGCCGCGGAGGGACGAUGCGCGAGUACAAAGUGGUGGUGCUGGGCUCGGGCGGGGUCGGCAAAUCCGCCCUGACCGUGCAGUUCGUGACCGGCACCUUCAUCGAGAAAUAUGACCCCACCAUCGAGGACUUCUACCGCAAGGAGAUCGAGGUGGACUCGUCGCCGUCGGUGCUGGAGAUCCUGGACACGGCGGGCACCGAGCAGUUUGCGUCCAUGCGGGACCUGUACAUCAAGAACGGCCAGGGCUUCAUCCUGGUCUACAGCCUCGUCAACCAGCAGAGCUUCCAGGACAUCAAGCCCAUGCGGGACCAGAUCAUCCGAGUAAAGCGGUAUGAGAAAGUGCCAGUCAUCCUGGUUGGGAACAAAGUGGACCUGGAAAGUGAGAGAGAAGUAUCAUCCAAUGAAGGCAGAGCCCUUGCUGAAGAGUGGGGCUGCCCCUUUAUGGAGACUUCUGCUAAGAGUAAAACGAUGGUGGACGAACUCUUUGCAGAAAUUGUGAGGCAAAUGAACUAUGCUGCGCAGCCUGACAAAGAUGACCCAUGCUGCUCUGCAUGUAACAUACAAUAGCGUUCAAAUAUGGCUCUCCUGGACAGGAUUUGCCCAAGCUUGUAGGCGAUAACAAGCCUCGUCUACUCGACUGUGGAGUUUGCAGGCUGUGUGGUGUGACUCUACAGUGAAAUAGCAGCCCUUAUUCAGAAUUGAGCGGUGAUUGUCAUUUGAUCUCUCUGAGUAGCAUUUGGGUUCCAUAACUACAGUUUUCACCAUUGUCCUCAGUCUUCUAUAGGCACCUGCAACUUUAAGGCAUAGCCAGUCGAUCUACAGGGUGAUCUCCUUUGAAAGUUAUGAUGGCACUGUUGCUGAGUUGACAGAAGCAACUAUUGUAUAAAUUAAGAAUAAUCAUGAGAGAGAAAACAGAAGAAUUCCUAUGACCGCUUACAAUUAAAAUAUUUUGUCUUCUUAAAAAAAGAAUAAGGAGAAAUAUUUUCCUACGAGAGUACUGAAUUUCAGGAAUUGAGAUAAUGCUUCUAACCAAUGUAUUCCGUCAAGUAAGUAAUAACAGCUAACCUGCCAACAGCAUUACAGGGAGAGAUUCUUUGCUCAGCUGACAUAUUUCUGUUUUUCAAAAUUGAUGCUUAAUUGUAGAUGUUAUCCUAAUUUGUGACAUGGAACUAACUCAUGCAUCAAUCCUUGAUAGAGCAAAAAUCAGAACAGAUUGUGUAAAAAUACAAUCUGGCUUUAGAAUGUGUUAAAUCACCUGCUUUGCCACAGAAAAUGGAGGCUCUCACAAGGGUUUAAUACCAAUUAAAACCCCAAACCCACUCUCUGUUAACCAAGCAGGAUGGUCUUUAUUCCUUUAUUGAACAAGAGGAAGCAGCUGUGAUGGAAAGCGAUUGCCUAGCCUUACUAACAAGAAGCGUUCUAGUAGAUUAGUUAGUGCCAUCAUGUCAGGAAAAUGAAGCCAUGUUGCAUCCACAUGUUCCCAUUUGCAGCACCUCACAGGACAGUACAAAUAGCUGGCAUUUUUAGUUCGUGAAAGCAGCAGAUUCCUUCCUGCCUUUAAGGGCUAUGGUUGUGGUGUGUUUCUUGGCUAACCCGCUUUCGAAAUCAGGUUUGCUGGAGCAGAGCUUUAUUGCAGGCAUUUAAAAAAUUGAGUAACCAUGUGAAGUAAUUUGGACUUAAAAGUAGAAGAUAAAUUAUAGAGUGGAAGGUAAGGGACAAAAAAAAACCUUUAUCUUUAAUUUUCCUGGAGAAUUAUAUAAAGAUUUUCUUAUAACAAUUUUGCCCUGAUUACUGAAGUGGCACAUAAAGAUAGAGUGAAUAUUUUGUUUUGAAAAGGUGCUCAAGCUCUGACAUUUUUGGUUUUCAUAGCCGUGAAGUAUUUAUCAUUUGCAUGACUAAUGGCACAGAAAAAAACCUAUUCAUAAGUUUUACAAUCAAGAGUAGAAGGGUUUUCAGCUAACUUCAGUUAUAAAUGCUGAAGAGAGUAUCUUGAGCUGAUCCUCUGGAGAUAAAUUUGGCCUUCAGAACUGCAAUAUCACUGAGCCUGUGAUCCAAAUACCACCCCACAUUUCGUUGGUUUCACAUUCUUGUGCAAGUAACCUCUGGUCUUAUGUGUGUAACUGAGAGAAGAGUGUAUGUUUGUGUAUGCAUGUGUGUUUAUUGUUCCUAAGAAUUGGGCACAAGUUGGAGAUAACUGCCUAUACUGGCAAUCUAUACUGCAGAAUAUAGUGUAUCAAAAACAUUUUUUCUUUUAAAUUAUUUGUGGUUUUUUAUACAUUAUUGAAAUAAUUGGUAGCCCGCCCUCCCCCCCCCCCGCCUUCCCCUCCCCCCACGCCCCCGCCAAGUGUUCGGUAAACUGUUAUUAAGCUUACAGGAUAGAAAAAAGGUGGAUAGUGCUUUUUGUCAAUGAGAAAAACAGAUAUAUGUGGGUAAAACCAGGCAGUGGUUGUCAAAAGUCUUUGAAUUGUCAAUAUUUGCAUUCUUCAAUAUAGUUAUUUUUAUAGCCCCUAAUUAUGAAGCACCUUGUUUUAAGACAAAAAGUUCUAAUCAAUUUUAUUGAAACAAAUUUCAUCAUAUAAAAGUUGAUUUGACUCAAACAUGUAGAAAUAUCAAAGAUUCAAGAAGUACAAUUUAUCUACUGAAACAGAAAUAUUUGUUAGUGAAUUGGUUGAGUUUUGAAGCUUCUAACUUCUCAGAAUUUUUUUAAGAAUUCCAUAUUUAAUAGCAAUUUUUGACAACUAAGAUUACAUAUUAAAACAUCUGUAAAGAUUCUACAGUUUUACGUUAUGGAUUGCUAUGCAGACAAGAAAAAUAAGUUACAUAACAUGAAAGGUAUGGCAAAAUGUAAGUUGGAAAAGAUUAUCUAAAAAUUUGGAGUUUAGUUAAAAAUGUUUGUGUCACACAAUAAGGUGGGCUUUUACUGUAAAGAUGUUAAUAAUAACUGAUUUGGCUGCUUGAUCUGUGUUUCCACACAGCCCUAUGUAUUUAGUGACAAAGCAUCAAAGAUACCCAGAAAUGUGGAAACCCUCGUGUGGUGUUACUGUUGGUAUUUCAUCUGGUAUGAAUAUAAUGCAGCUUGAAUGAAUGUGUUUGUUGAGAUGUUAAUAAAAAGCUUAAGAACAGAAAGAUUAGAUUUGUUGGCACAUGAUAUAAUAGUGGCUACAGAGAAAAGUUGGUGACCUUGUGUCGCUAUUUAUUUUAUGCCCUGAUCAGACUAGCAACUAGAUAAGUGAGAGUUUUUCUAACAUGCCUUAAAAAUGUUAUGGUUUGAUCCAAAGACCCACUUUUUCUUUAGCUAUUUGUGAUAAGAUUUUCUUUUAUUUUUGUUUUGUCUUGUUUUAUUUUAUACAAAGGCACAGCAUUUAAAAAAAUUUUUUUCUUUUAUGUUGCAACUUUUUUUUUGGUUCUUUUAAGCUGUGAUAGUGAUGGUAACUGAUGCCUCUCAUUUUAUUCACCUUACACAAAACAAGCCAGCAUCUGAUCAAAAGUAUUACAUGAAAUCUUUCUUAAACUAUCGAAAGGUGCUUUGAUGAUUUUCUCCUUUGGUUUGUAGAAUUAGGACUGAACUUCUGACUCUAACUGCUACAGUUACCAUCACUUUUCUGUGGUAAAACUACUGAUAUUUGCUCUUCUGUAUAAGGAAAUGUUGCCUAAGGAUGUCUGCUGUUUGUUUUCAGGCCUUUUCCAGUGAGCAUGCUGUCUGUGUAUGUAUGAAUCCCAAAGUGCUUAUUUUGUUUGUUGCUGUUGGUUUUUUGUCUUUUUGAGUUUUUGUUCUUCUCAGUGGUCUUGUGUUAGCACUGGGUGAGCUUUAAUUGUCUCCUUAGCCAAUCAAAUGUUCAAGACUAUGGGGGUCUUUUUUUUUUUUAAUUAACGUGUCAUUGUGCAUCUAUUAAAUCUUGAUCAGGGUUUCAAGAAUGACUGCAGUGGGUUUUGGAAACAGACUUAUCAUUAUUGAUUUGGGGUUUCCCAGAGAUAUAGUUCACAGUUAAUUGUUGAGCUCUAAUACAACUGACCAUUUAAAAUUGAGCAACAGUUUAUUGUUUUGUAACAAUGUCAGUUGUUAAACUUUGACAUUUCAAUUAAAACAUGAAUUGUAGUUAUAACUCAAGGCAAAUUCAGCAGUUGUAUUUGGAGUUAAAUUAUUUUAACAAAUAAAUUUAUUUAAUGAAA